AUGCGAAGACUCAUGUCAGGCGAAUGCGAGGGCGUCAAGUGCGGGUUACCCGACGUUGGCGUUGCCAAUUUCAGCAGCAGAGGCUCCAAUGUGGGAAACUCCGGAUGCGAAGGAAAUGAAGCUGAACAGAGCCCUGUCGCUGCCGCUGCUGAUGGUGCUUCUAGUGGUGUUGGUCUUGUUUCCAGCGUCAACACCGGUUCUGCUGUUGAUGCUGCUGCUGGUCCCGGUGCCGUUCCCGCCAUUUCACCCAGAGACCAAGUCAGGGCGCCAGAAGCGCCUCACGAGGGUUUUCUCUCGGCCAUGCUGUCGGAACGGUCCCGUUAUGGGCAACCUCUUUAUAACGAGGCGACAGCAUUGGCCGAAGCUGCUUCCCUCAUGCUUCACGGUCAUCUCUCGGUUCCGGGGCUGUUGGAGCGAGUCCUCGUUGCGCUCGCCGCGCACCCCGAUAUACAAGACAAAGUCGUACAGGAAAUCCGCGCUGUAGCGAAUGGCGGGUCGCCUACUGACGAGGAUUUGCAGAAGCUGGCCUUUCUGAACGCGGUUAUAUACGAGACGUCCCGCUUAAUGCCGUGUCAGCCUCUGGUCACUAGAUCCGCGCUCUCGGAAAAUAUACGUCUGCCUGUCUUUCCGUCACCCCAGCUUGGUAGCAGCAGCGACGGAGGGUUUCGUUCUGCUAGCGAGGGCUCUUCGCGUGGGGAAAUGCACGGGGAUGUCCAUGAAGGGGUGAAGAGCGGUGGGGAUGGUGACAACACGCGGUUUCUUUCGGUUCCGUCUGGGACCGUUUUGGCGCUGCCCAUGCAUCUCCUGCAAACGGACCCCUCGUUUUGGGGCGACGACGCGUUGGAGUUCCGCCCUGAGCGCUUCAUUCGGUUCCGCAGGCAGCAUGAGCGGAGCAACAGUGGUGAACAGGACGGGAAGGAAGGCAAGCGAGGGAGGGAAGGGAAGGAAGGCAAAAGAGGCAAGAGAGACAAGGGAGAAGAUGUAGAGCUGACGGGAGAGAGGGAAGGCGAGGAAAGGGAGCAGUGGAGGGAGGGGUUGCUUCCGGGGAGGGAUUAUGAGUGUGUGCCGCCAGAGCAGGGGGAGCGUUUCCUCGUGUUCGGAGGCGGGCCGCGGUCGUGCGUGGGGCUGCGAUUCUCCUUCAAGAUCGUGCGUGCAGUUGUGGCGUUGCUGCUUCACCAGUUUGAGAUCUCCCUGUCGCCUGACAUGCCCAACGCUUUCUCCUCUCAGCUGCACAGCCUCGCCCUCCACCUCUCUCCCUCCCCUAAAAUCUGCGUCUCCAUGCGCACGCCCAUCCCUACUACCAUGGACCCAUGCAACACUACUGCUCCUGCUGAUGGAUGA